AUGCCCCAUCCACGACCAGAGGAUCUUGAAGAGGAGAUGGAAGCUGCAAUGGGUGAUGAGGGCAACCCCGAAGAAGAUGGCAAGGUCAAGGUUUACUGGACCAACUACGUUGUGGCUGAGGCAUGGGAGAAGUCGACCAUCCUCCGCAAGCGUGGCAGGGAGACCAAACAGUUGACCAGGUGGCCUGCUGCGAAGACGAAGGGUAUCCCUUCCAUGCAAGCCAUCCACUUGAACGGGGAUGCGCUACUGAUCCUGGCGAAGAGAUGGUGUCCCCUGGUCCCAAUGGCGAAAACGCCAACAAUCGAAGUGCUUCAAACCGAAGUGAAAAAGUGGAGAGAAGAAAUGGAUCUGCAAGAGGACUCUGUGAUCGAAUACUUGGACACGUGGGGACUCCGACGCAUGUUCUCUCUUGCCAUUCGGAGAAGAAGUUCUUCGCGGAGAUCCAGGGAUACCGUCGUCGAGGAGUUCUUCGAUGUGCUGUUGCGGCAUUGGGGGCACACAAAGCAAUACCUUGCCAAGCACGAGGGCUUAGCUGAAGAGGCAGACGACAUUCUGUCCGACGGCUACGUUGAGAUGUCGGACAACGAGGACGCGAGCUGGUGUGUGAAGUUCCGUGAUGCAGGUGGGUCAUCCGAAUCCUUGCCGGACGAAGGGUUGGAGGAUUCCGUGGGUUCAAACGAAGUGGCGGAGGAAAUCCCCGAGCCUGGGCAAGUGGAAUCCACCAUGCAUGGUGGCAGCAGCGAUUCUUUGGGUUCAGACAAAGUGCCGGAGGAAAUCCCUGAGCCCUUGGAAGUAGAGCCCACCAUGCAAAUUGACAUGGAUGGGGACGAGGACCUAGCAGUGGAAGAGGCGCUGCUGCUGAAGCAGCUGGCAGUGCUGCAAGCAAAGUUGCAAGCUCCUGUUGCUGCCUGCCCCGACAAUCUAGAGACGCAGAUAGAAGCUUUGCAGACGCCCGAGCCCCUUGCAGCCUUGUCCCGGUCCAACAGUUCGUUUGCUGAUCUAGAAGAUGUGCUUCCUGGAAAGCACUUCUCGCCGGCAGUUGAGCUCCCGAGCACUUCUGCCACAAGUGAGCCCGACAGUGCCUUUGUUACUCCGUCCCCGAAAUGCCUGUUGCCUGACCUGGCUGAUGUUGCGACGCCACCCAAGACGGAAGCUCCGGUUGUUGCAGCGACUGCGACAGCCGAUGCCCCUAAAAAUGGUCCAAGUGUCGAGGCCAGCGAGGCCAAGGGCGCUGAGACCGAUGAUGAGAUCAUGAACUACGAGGGUUUCGCCAGCAGAAAGGAUCAGACCGGCAUCAAGCGCAAAAACAAAGAAGUGGCUGAGGCUAAGGCCAAGCCUGGUGGUCGCGGUCGCGGUGGUCGCGGUGGACGCGGCCGUGGUGCCGUGGAGCCUCGACAUGAUGAUGAGGAUGAUGAUGCCAGCAAGGCCUGCGCUGGCCGAGGUCGAGGUGGGGGCCGUGGCCGUGGCCGUGGCAAGGGUGAGACCUCAUGUCCAGUGGAGGACGAAGAUCGUGAGGACCUCUGGGGGGAUGAAGGUGCCAAGCCCAAGAAGAAGAAGAAGCAGGCCAAUCCGAAGCCCAAGAACAAGAAGAUCGAGACGGAUGACACCAAGGCUUCGAAGGAGAAGCCGGCCAAGAGGGUAAAGGUGGCCAAAGCCACGGCUGAGCCCACAGCCGCAGUCGCUGGCGAUGAUGAUCACGAGGCGGAGUGGCAUGAUGGCGAGGCCACUUGUUACUACGAUUUGGACGAUCCCUGGUGGCAUGAUGGCGGAGCAGCGGAGCAGAAAGGGGGUGCUGCUGCGUGGGAGGCUUGGUGGGAUGAUUGCGGGCACGCCCUGUAUGGUGCGCAAGAGGCUGAUGAGGCCAAGUCGGAGCCGGAGCAAGAGCAGGAAGAGGUGGCUGUGGGGCCGGAGCCAAGCUUUGCUCGGCGGCCUCCUCCAAAGACCGAGGUCCCAUACAGGCGAUGGUCUGCAGUCCGGGAUGCCUUUAAGACCCAUGUGAGCCCGAGCGUCUUGUACAGCUGCAAGUAUCAGGACCCUUUCUGGAAGGUCUGCAUGGAAAAGUUCGGGGAUCGCAAAGACGAGCUCAACAGGGGCCUAGUGGAUUUCGCGACGAUAGCCACCAAAGCGGCCAAGCACUUUGCGAAGAGCCAAGCUUUUCCAGCUUUUCUCUGUGUGCCCUUCAGUGGCACAGGUGAAGUUCAUAUGAUCUUCACCGAAGCGUUAAUUGGAUGGGGUGCCAUCGUCGACGUCAUGCCGCCGAAGGGCAUCCGCAAAGGCCAGGCAUUCCUGGCCAGGCUUUGGAUGUGCUUGGUUGCCUAUGCAGUGCAGCCGCUAGCCGCCGAAAGCCCUUUCCGCAACAAUAUGUUGGCUCUACAGUUUGAGUUCCUGAUUGUGGUCUUAUUGGUAUCUUGGACAUCGUAUAUCGACCUGGAACCACAGCGCCCCUUCGAGCUGCUAGAAUUCUUUGCUGGCCAUGCAACCAUAGCCCGGGCUGCAGAGGUCGCCGGAUAUCGCUCAGCCGCUGUAGAUAUCCUGUACGACGAGGCUAGGCAAGAGCGGAAGUCGAUAGGCAAACGAUCCCCUUUCGAUCUGAAUUCAGCUUGCUGUGGCAAUGGUGCUCCAGGGCACCUGGUCACAGGUGGUAUGCUUCUUUGGAACAUGCUGACAGUUCUGCUCAUGGCGCUGGCAGUGGCUAUGGGGGGCUCGGUGUUCUUAGAGAACCCUGCCCAGUCUGUUCUUUUCGAUUGCAAAUGGUUCCUUUGGUUAGUUCGAGCCAUGAAGUCGACUGGCCACGGCACAUCCAGGAAGAACCUAGAGAAAAUCAUGGCAUCCGUGGGGUACAACCCGGAAGCUUUCGUGCAGCUGCUCGAAGAGAUCCAUGAAUCCUACACGGAAAGUGAGCUGGAGAUUCAAGGGGAAUACGCAACAGAGGAGACCAUGGCUGAGAAGAGGAUUGAUGCCGUGAAGGCAUACUGCGCACAAGAUCCUGGACGGUUCAUGAGGCGGGAUACCUACGAACAGGACAAGGUGCUCUACUGGUGCGAGAAGACUAUUAAGGCAUCGCACAAGCAGGGGGAACGCUCCAUUAGACGGUCCACAUCUACCUUCGAAGCCAAUGGUGUGGCUGGUCCAUCGGAGCCCUCAGUCUGCCCCAUUGUGGAUCCAGCAGCGAGUCCAUCACUGACCCAGGCAGACUUGGGGUCUGUAGACGACAAGGAUGCCUCUGACCUCCGAAAAAGAGCCGGCAUUCCUGAAUUUAACCCAGAUGCCCGGCCUUCGGCAGUGGCAGUCAAGAUGACGGUCUGCCUUUCCAAACGGUCACAAAAGUUGCUCGACGUGAAGAAGCAGUUUGAUGCCAUUGACAAAAAUGACUACACGGAGAACCACAAAAGGAUGCAGGGGAAGAUCCAGCAGGUCUAUGCAGACCUAGAGAAGCUGAAUGAUGAGAUUUCUACGAUGCAUUCUGAUGGUUUGGUUGAUGGCUUUACUGAAGAGCUUCUCGUUUGCAUCUUAUUUAUGCAAUGGCUCUGCGAUAUGCGAAGUAGAUUAAAUGCUGUCCAUUCCAGUCUCCUUGGGUGCAGGCAGGAGGAACUUCUUCGAAGCAAGUUGCAGGAGGCCAAGAAGAUGCACCUCGACCGUGCAAACAGAUCGGUUGAUGGUCGCAUGCACACAUUCCAUGCUAAACUGUUCUGCAUCUUGGCAGCUGCAGGGCUGUGCAAGCUCUUGGGUUGGAAGUCCGUGAUGAGACUGCACAUCAACGGCAUGAAGCUGGACAACUCAUGCACCAACUGGCCGAGAUGGUCGGGGACGGCAGCCUGUGCUGAUGUUGUACGCCUGAGCCAAGCAGCUCGUGCUGAUUCUCUGGCUUGUGAGGCAGUGGUUGAUGCCUCUGCCAUGCGUGAGCACGAUGCAGAGAAAGCUGCACACAAGCUGUUCCGUGAGUAUAGUCUGACCAUGGACAUUCAGAUCAGCUGGCUUCAGCUGGAGGUGCAAACAGAGACUGUGAGUGUGCCGAUUCUGAAGCCGUCAGAUUUCUUGUCAUACCUGCUGCAGCAUGAACCUGCUGUAGUUUGGGUUGGUGGUGUGCCCCGGACCAGAUGCCGGGCAUUCUGGCGGGCGUAUUAUCAAUACCAUCCUAGCCACAUGGUAUUUCAGAAAUUCUCGGUGCAAGAGCUCGAGUCUGUGAUUCCGGUUAUGUACCACGGAGACGAGGGGUCGGGCAGCAAGAAGCAACCGGUUUCGAUCAUCAGUUUUCAGACUGUGUGGGGAACACCGAACGAGCGCAGGAAGUUCCUCAGGUGCAAGCAUCUGAAUGGGUGCAGGAAAUGUACUCCGAAAUCAUGGGCGCCCUGCUGCAAGCCUGCUACUUUGGAGAAUCCGUGCCGGGAGAUGCCUUCCUCCAUGCGUCUCACAGCAGAAGACAUUGAGGAGCUGGAAUAUUCGUGGCCUACUACUUCGGAUCACUCUUACCUUUCACGACACUUGUGCUGCGUUUUGCCUACGUACAUGGCUACGAAAGGUCCUGAGGUGCUGGAGGGGGUGUUGCAAGCCCUAGCGCAGGAUGCGGAACAACUUUUCCAGAGUGGUAUCUGCAUACAAGGCCGCAGGUACUACGCAGCCCUCAUAGGCUGCAAGGGGGAUGCAAAAUGGCACGUUAUGACAGCCAAGUUUUUUCGAUCUUACUUGCACUUGGGCUCCGUUUAUGACUACGAAAUCUGUCCUUACUGCUUGGCGGGCCACGCCGAUCAUCCGUUCGAAGACUGCAGCAGCGAAGCCACUUGGGUGAGCACGAUGUACUCAUCCGCACCCUGGCAUGAGCCGGGCCCCUUCGAAUGUAUUUCCUACGACCCAACCAUGCCCGCAGCCAAGUACAAGCGUGAUCCACUCCAUGUCUUCAAGAUCGGUUUGGCGAGAGACCUAAUUGGAUCCUUGCUGAUGUUGGUGGCUCGGUUUUUCAAAAUUUUCGAUUGGCCUGGAGACAAGGUCGGCCUUGAGCCUAGAAUGCGCCGUGCGCACGGCAGGUUUAUGCUUUGGUGCCGAGCUCAAGGAGAGAUUCCACACUUCCGUAGUUUCACCAAAGAUUUCCUGCAUAUGAAAUACGUUACAGACUAUGCCUACACAGGUUCGAAAGGUUCUGACUGUAUGCUACUGAUCAGAUGGCUCAGCUUUGAGAUCGGCCUCGCAAUCAAUUCCAAUCGUGGAGUCCCACAUCGUCGGGACUUGCUCAAGGUUGGGCUUGAUGUUUGCAAGGCAUCCACUGAGUAUUUCCGACUGCUAUAUUCACAUGGUCUUUGGUUGGGUAAAGAUUGUAUGGUGACACUGCGGAAUCUGGUCCUGACCAUAACAAGAGGGUACAACUACCUCGCAAAAGCCUGUCUUCAGGAGGGCUUUCCAGCCUUUAGCAUGAAAACAACACUGCAUUCAUGGCACCAUUUUGCGGUAGAGAUCUGCAUCUGUUUGCAAAGAGGCUGUACUCUAUACCCGAACGUAUUGAUAUGGGACUGCUCCCAAUGCGAAGACUUCGUUGGGCGUACAGCCAGGGUAUCAAGAUCCGUCCACACACGUACAAGUGCACUCAGGUGCAUACAACGGCAUUUGUUGAAAGCGAAGAUGCUCAUGAAGAGAAAGAAGAAAUCCCGUGCUGACCAGGCCUCCAAAAAGAAGUCCGCAGCGGGCACGGCCAUGCAAUGA